GCCUCGAGGCGCGAAAAGCAGUCUGGGAGCCGUAGUUCUCUUGGACGCCUACCGGUCUUGCCAGCGCGGCAGUGGCGGCUCUCUCGGUUCCGUCCAGCGGGUCCCGUAAACGAGCUGAGGCGGAGAAAGGGCGCGGAACUGGAAGAGGGUGAGUCAGGCACUGUCUACGCGAUAAAGGGAGGCAGCACCGCGGCGCAGCUCUGAGUUGAGUAAGUGCGGCCCCUGCAGUCUAUUCAGGGACGCCGCGAUCUAGCGCCAGCGAGAAGAGGGCGAGGAGGAGCCAGAGCCCGGUCCUUGCACCCAUUCUCGCCCUCGUACCCCGCCGCCGUCUCCACCAUGCAGUCCCGGGAGGAAGCUCCGCGCUCUCGCCGCCUGGCCAGUCCCCGCGGCGGGAGGCGGCCCAAGAGAAUUUCAAAGCCUUCUGUUUCAGCUUUUUUCACGGGCCCGGAGGAGCUGAAGGACACGGCUCAUUCUGCAGCCCUCCUGGCACAGCUGAAGUCCUUCUACGACUCGCGGCUGUUAUGUGAUGUGACCAUCGAGGUGGUGACGCCUGGUAGCGGGCCCGGCACCGGCCGCCUUUUUUCCUGCAACCGUAACGUGCUGGCUGCCGCGUGUCCCUACUUCAAGAGCAUGUUCACCGGUGGCAUGUACGAGAGCCAGCAGGCGAGUGUGACCAUGCAUGAUGUGGAUGCCGAGUCCUUCGAGGUGCUGGUCGACUACUGCUACACCGGUCGCGUGUCGCUAAGUGAGGCCAACGUGCAACGCCUUUACGCGGCCUCUGACAUGUUACAGCUCGAGUACGUACGGGAAGCCUGUGCCUCCUUCCUAGCCCGCCGCCUUGACCUGGCCAACUGCACCGCCAUCCUCAAGUUUGCCGACGCCUUUGACCAUCACCAGCUGCGAUCACAGGCCCAGUCCUUUAUAGCCCACAAUUUCAAGCAGCUCAGCCGAAUGGGUUCAGUAAGGGAGGAGAGUCUGGCAGAUCUGAGCUUGGCCCAGCUGCAGGCCGUCCUGCGUCUGGAUAGUCUAGACAUCGAGAGUGAGCGGACCGUGUGUCAUGUGGCGGUGCAGUGGUUGGAGGCGGCUCCCAAGGAGCGGGGCCCCAGCGCUGCGGAAGUCUUCAAGUGUGUCCGCUGGACGCACUUCAGAGAUGAAGAUCAGGAUUACCUGGAAGGGCUGUUAACCAAGCCCAUUGUCAAGAAGUACUGUCUGGACCUUAUUGAAGGGGCCCUGCAGAUGCGCUACGGUGACAAGUUGUGCAAGUCCCUGGUGCCGAAGCCAGACAGCAGCAACAGCUCUGUUGUACCCCCAGCAGAAAAUCCCCCCCAGAGACUGGGUAUGUGUGCCAAGGAGAUGGUGAUCUUCUUUGGACAUCCUAGAGAUCCCUUUCUCUGCUAUGACCCAUACUCAGGGGACAUUUACACAAUGCCAUCCCCUUUAACCAGCUUGGCUCACACUAAGACUAUCACCUCCUCAGCUGUCUGUGUCUCUCCAGACCACGACAUCUACCUGGCCGCUCAGCCCAGGAAGGACCUGUGGGUGUACAAGCCAGCCCAGAACAGCUGGCAGCAGCUUGCCGACCGCCUGCUGUGUCGGGAGGGCAUGGAUGUGGCCUACCUCAAUGGCUACAUCUACAUUUUGGGUGGGCGAGACCCCAUUACAGGUGUGAAACUGAAGGAGGUAGAAUGCUACAGUGUCCAGAGGAACCAGUGGGCACUGGUGGCUCCUGUACCCCAUUCCUUCUAUUCCUUUGAACUAAUAGUGGUUCAGAACUAUCUUUAUGCUGUGAACAGUAAGCGCAUGCUCUACUAUGAUCCUAGCCACAAUACGUGGCUGAACUGUGCUUCUCUUAAACGUAGUGACUUUCAGGAAGCCUGUGUCUUCAAUGAUGAGAUCUAUUGUAUCUGUGACAUCCCAGUCAUGAAGGUCUAUAACCCAGCCAGGGGAGAAUGGAGGCGGAUUAGUAAUAUUCCCUUGGACUCGGAGACCCACAACUACCAGAUCGUCAAUCAUGGCCAAAAGUUGCUUCUCAUCACUUCUACCACCCCUCAAUGGAAAAAAAACCGGGUGACUGUUUAUGAAUACGAUACUAGGGAAGACCAGUGGAUUAAUAUAGGUACCAUGUUAGGCCUUUUGCAGUUUGACUCUGGCUUUAUUUGCCUCUGUGCUCGGGUGUAUCCUUCCUGCCUGGAACCUGGACAGAGUUUCAUCACUGAGGAAGAUGAUGCUCGGAGUGAGUCUAGUACUGAAUGGGACUUAGAUGGAUUCAGUGAGCUGGACUCAGAGUCAGGAAGUUCAAGUUCUUUUUCUGAUGAUGAAGUCUGGGUGCAGGUAGCACCUCAGCGAAAUGCACAGGAUCAGCAGGGUUCUUUGUAAAUAUUUUGAAGCACUAAAAUGUUUCUACUGCUAUGGAAUGUAUCUUUAAAAGAUGUCCUUUUCUUGAAAAAAAAAAAUGUUGGUUAGGACUGCAGAUUUGGUUUGGAAAGGGUGAUGUUUGAAUUACUAAUGUAAUGUUACAAAAUUUAAACAGCCCAUGAAAUCAACCUAUAUAAUAAUUUACUGUGCUAAAAGUUGAGAUUAAAAUAUGCAAAAAUGAACUAUAUAAUUAAUUAGAAUGCUUGGUGGUUUUUUUCAUUGUUCAAGUAUUGUUGCACCAGUGGAUUGUUUUGGUUAGUUAUACUCUUUAUAUUUUGAUUAUCUAUUUUACUCUUCUUUUAACUUUUUAAUUCUAUUUAGUGCCACAAAGAAUUUAACUUUUUAAUUUUUAAAAAUAGAAAAUUGGACUAGAAAUUGUUGGUAGGGUUUUGAAGGUUUAUCUUUUCCUUCAGAAUAAUGAAAGUAGUAGAUUUCCCAAAUUUUGAGAUAGCCAGUUUUUAGUAUUAUAAGUUAGUAUAGUUUGUUAAAUUUGGUUUGGUUUUCACCCCUUCUGCACAGAAAAAAAUUUGGAUAUAUAUAUGUGUUAUAAAAUGGGAUUUCAUUUUGAUAAUGUGCAGAAUGGUCUUAAGAACUCACAGAAAGCAAAAAAAAUCAGGAUUCCACUGUUUUAAAAGAAAUUUCACUUUUAAUUUUGGAAUAUAACAUGUAGUUGCUAGAUGUGACCAUUUUUCUAUUUUAAAAAACGUCCAUUCCAGUAGUGUCACCAAUUAUUUAAACACCCUUCUAAACUAAAAAAAAAAAAAAAGUAACUUGCUUUGUGAGAUCAUAUAUUUCAUCUGUACCUGAUAAAUGCUUCAUCGAAUCAAAGGAACAAUCCUUUUUUUCACUGGACAUAUGAUUGAGUAAUGUAAAUUUUUAUCUAUUGGUCAUACCUAGUCUUAAAAAGUUUAUAUGCUUCCCUAAAAUAUUUUGGCUGUAUAGUUUUGGUGUUCAUCUUAGAGGAUUCUUCAGCAGGAAGAGAUUUAUUGUUUACCGUUUUUGUGAGGUAAUACUGGUUUUGAAAAUACAUUUAAGCUAAAAAGGGUAUUUCAUUGAGAUCAGUAGUUACUGCGUCUAUCAACUAUAAAAUCAAGUGCCAGCAGAGAACUUUAAAACUUCAAACUGUGUAUGGAACUGUUUUGUGUAGCAUUGAAAUGUUCUGUCAAGUGUUGUAAGUCACUGUAUAUGAUUAUCAUCUCAAAGUUAUUUUUGUAUUAAAAGUUGAUAGUUAAAGAACAUAAGUGGAUGAUGGCAUUUGGGGCCAAUAGUGAACAUAUGUUUCCUCUAAAAUAUUUCCCUAGCAAUGGUAUACAUGGUUAUUUUAUUAGGGUAUUUGUAUCUGUUCUGUAUUUCUCUGUGAACCAUGCUCCAGUCUUUGUUGUCUUUUUGUUUGUUUUUGUGUCACCAUAAAGUAAGGGAAUGUCCAGAACUAGAGACUAAAUCACACAAAAUUGAUGUUGUUGAAUACAGAGAAAUAGAGGUGCUUACCUUUUGAGGGUCUGUUAAUAUGUAGGACUGUCACAACACAUAUCCAUGAUAAAUGAUGUACAUACACAGAUGCUUAUAGUCUAUAAAUUUUUCUAUACUGACUUAGAAUCCUCUUUUUGCCUCUUUGUUCAAAAUGUUAAUUCCUCUUAUAUGUUUAUUCUCUAGUGACCGAAUGCUAACAUUUCUUACACCACAUCAGACUACUGAGGAGUGUGCCUCAGGAUAGGGAACUGAAUUUUGAAUGAAAAAAAGAGGGAGAGAGAAAAGGAUUAAAAAAAAAACAAGCACACAAAUUUUGAUUGGGCAUCUGAAGAGUUCAUAAGACAUUCCUGUUUAACAUUAUUUCUAGUGAAAUAAGAGUGUUGCUCUAGCAGUGUGUUCUUAAGAAAGUGUUCCCUCAAAACAGCAAACAUGCUUUGGUGGCCUAAGGCUAACUUUUGUUCCAUUUGGUAUCAGGAUGGUAAAAGCACUGGUCUCAACUUAGAAAGCUAUUUCUUCGUAGUGUUAUUUUUUGGCCAGCUUUUCUUCACCAGUAACUUCUUGUUGAUAGCUUUCUGUUUUGUAAGGUUGAAAUAGGACAGUGCUGAUCUCAGAUUAUCCAUCUGCAGAAUUAAAGUAUGCAACUGAUUGAUAAAAGACAAAUUCUUCAGUUUACCAUUUUCAUCGUUUGAGUUAAGUAUAAGCUAAUUAACAGUAAUGUGGUUUAAAAAGAAGUUUUUUGGGGAAGCCUUUGGCUUCAUGAUAUAUUUGUGAAUUAGGGGAUAGAUGUUAACCAUUAUUUCAUAGAUAAGUGAUUUGUAUAUGGUUAGUUACAAAUAAAAAUGGCACUGGAACUCAGGCCUUCUGACCUCUUAAUUAGUGUUCCUGCUAAAUGUAUAAAACCCUUGUUUGUGCAGCGAGGGACACAACGAGCAAUGUUGAAUCCCUUCUUUUUUUUUUUUUUUUUUAAUUUAUUCCUGAAAGUCAGAGAGAGGCAGAGGCAGAGGGAGAGAAGCAGGCUCCCCGCCUAGCAGGGAGCCCGAUGCGGGACUCGAUCCCAGGACCCUGGGAUCACAACCUGAGCCGAAGGCAGACGCUUAACCGUCUGAGCCACCCAGGCGCCCCUGAAAUCCCUUCUUGACAGGAAAGCAGCUUUGUCUCAGUUUUACAAUUACACCUGUUAGCAAAUGCUCAAUACAAUAUUGUUUGCAAAGCUGUUCUGUGUAGGAUUUAGAAAGAUCUUAAUUUUUUUUUUGUAUGUUUAUGCCUAUAGUCAAAAACUCAGAGAACCCAAAUUAUUUUCAAUACUUAUACAGUUCAAAUGGUAAGUGUCGUUGGCAUUUUCAGAAAGAUAAAAAACUAAGUUAGCAAAUAACUUGUUUAAUUUGGGUUUAGGAUUAAAUUUAAAUUAUAGUUCCCUUCUGUUGUUGCAGUGUUUUUUCUGUUUUGUACCUGGAUCUUAUUGAGAAUCUGAUGAAAGCUUUUGACUUAUUCCCCAGAAAAAUGUAUAUGUUCAUGUUUUUAUAAUUUCAAGGGUGUUAUGACACUUCUGAAGAUCUUCCCCACACCCAGGAUAACACUUGUGACAGAGUCCCAAGAACACUUCUACAAAAAGGAAUUCACCUUUUUUCACAAGGCAUAUUGCUCAAAUGUUUGUAAGAGGGAGAAGAGCAUUAUUACGUCAUUCCUAAAAUAGAGCUAAAGAAAUUACAUACAUUUACCAUCUGAAAGGGAUGUGAAUAUGAAGGGGUACCUCGAAACUGAGACAGAGUUGACAUUUCUGCAGUUCAAAUUUCUCCAUGAUCGACUGACACAAGACUAAAUAACUAAAUUUGAUUUAAAGAAAUGAAUCAAAAGAAAUUAAUCAAAUGAGCUAAUCUAUUUGAAAGCUUUGACUUGAAGAGUUAUGCAUAUAUGUUAUGUAUAUGAUUACUGUCUUGGAAGAUUGUAUAAUGAGAAUUCAAAGCAAAAUACAGGUUCUAGAUGUUUCAAACUGGCAACAUCGCGAUUGUUUAUUAGACAUACACCUAAGUGGCAAGAGUUCUUUAUCUCAUAAUGACCAGGUUAACGGGUGGUUGGAAAAGGACCUUUAACCAUAAGGAAUCUAUUUAAAAUAUAAUCAAUUUGCUACUCGCUGUUCAUUAAACUAGGAACCAGUGCUUUGCCUGACGUCAUUUUUGUCAAUUUGUGCUGAUAUAAGGAAAAUACAUAAAACAUGA